AUGGCCGACUUUUACCCCGAGGCGCGCAAGCGCUUCCCCGCCCUCCAGAGCAGCAGCGGCGGCGGCGGCAGCACCCAGCAGCAAGUCUUCUUCGACAAUGCCGGCGGCAGCCAGACGCUCGACACCGUCAUCGACUCGAUCCGCGAGUACCUCGCGCACCAAAACGUGCAGCUCGGCGCCUCCUACGCCGUCGGCCGCCGCGCCACCGCCAGCUACACGCGGGCCUUUACCGACGCCGCCGACUUUAUUCAGGCCAACGUCGACGAGGUCGUCUUUGGCGCGUCCACCACGCAGCUCCUGCGCACGCUGUCCUGGACCCUGCGCUUCAAGCCCGGCGACGAGAUUGUCAUCUCGGCCAUCGACCACGAAGCCAACAUUGCUCCGUGGGUCGACCUCGCCGAGCGGCAGGGGCUCGAGGUCAAGUGGUGGCGGCCCAAGGACGCGCUGGACCCGGAGCUGCACCCGCUGGACCUCGCGCCGCUCCUGUCCCCGCGCACGCGGCUCGUGGCCUGCACGCACGCGAGCAACCUCCUCGGCACCGUCACCGACGUCCGCGCCAUCGCCGACCUCGCGCACUCGGUCGGCGCGCUCGUGUGCGUCGACGGCGUCGCGUACGCCCCGCACCGGCUCGUCAACGUGCGCGAGCUCGGCGCCGACUUUUACGUCUUCUCGUGGUACAAGGUCUACGGGCCGCACGUGGCGACGCUGUACGCAAGCUGGGCCGCGCAGACGCGUAUGCGCUCCCUGGGGCACUUCUUCAACCCGCACGUCAGCCUCGCCGACAAGAUGGGCCUCGCGGCCGGCAGCUACGAGCUGUGCCAGGCCGUGUCGGCCGUCGUGUCGUACCUCGGCGACCGCGAGUACGGCUCGUGGAGCGAGAUGGAGACGCACGAGGAGGCGCUGACCGAGGGCCUCCUCGCGUACCUCCGCGAGGUGCCGGGCAUCACCAUCUACGGCAAGCGUGGCGUGCAGGACUCCAGGCUCCCGAUCGUGAGCUUCACCGUCGACGGGUGGAACUCGCAGGCGCUGGUCGAGGCCAUCGAGAAGCGCUCCAACUAUGGACUCCGCUGGGGUGCCUUUUACUCGAAUCGGCUGGUCCGCGAGACACUGCUGCUCAAGCAGGAUGGCGUCGUGCGGGUAAGCUUGGCGCAUUACAAUACAAUGGAAGAGGUACUUGGUUUUAUCAAGGUUCUUAAAGAAGUGCUGCCACUGUCGAGCGAAUGA